UUUUUUAUUUGUGAUAUAAUGGAAGAAGAUUUGAAGAAAAUUGGAAAAAAUUUUGAUGUCAUUGAAGAUAAUAUUGAAAAAGCGAAAAAUAAUAUUGAAAUUUUUCUUGAAGAUCUUCCGAAAUUAAUUCUCGACCCGGUGUUGAAUGAACAUAUUGACACUUUGAGAUUGAGGUUUUAUCAGAUGGUUCAAACUAAUAAUUCAUUAAUUGACACUUUUCUUCAGAGAUUAAAAGAAACUGAAGAUAAGCUUGCAAAAAUGGAAGCAAGCUACGGAGACCUGUUCUUGAAGCAUCAAAAAGAGCAGCAAACAAUAGCGCAAUUUGAAGAAGAAGUAACUAAGCUGGUGGCGCAGACUGACGAGCAGAGUAAAUAUUGCACUGAGCUCGGGGCUACUGCAUUUUCUUUGCUAUGGACGACCUCCAAGUAUCCGCAGAAUCUUAAUUGCUGGUUGACUGACAGACAAGACAAAGUUGCAAAAGCAAUAUCAAUAGCAAACACAACAUUCUCAUCAUACAUCGAAACAUUUUCUCCGAAUUACCCACCAUUAAAAAACGACAUUACCGAAUUCGCAAUGUCGGUCCUUGGAUUAAUCGCUAAUUUGACGUCAAUUGGAGAAGGCCGGCAAUUUCUCUUAAAAUUAUCCGACGGUAGAGAUUUAAUUAACCAGCUGAUCCAAGCAAUUCCAUCAUUAGUCGGCGAAAUCGGGCAAUCUGUAGUCCAGUUGAUUCUGCUGAUCCUGUACAACGUGAGUCUAAACAGGGAAGGACUAGCUUAUCUACUAGAGUUGAAGGUCUACGAGAACGUUGUAAAGUUUUUUGAUGACUGCUUCCCUCAAGAAGUCAGAGAAAAAGCUCUGAGGAUUAUUCAGUCGCUAACUUAUGAACUUCUUAAUUAUCGCGUACUUGAAAGCCUCGUCAAGACUCUUCCUAUGGGUAAAUUGUCUGACUUGGCUGCGGGUACUGACAAUCUUGCUGUAAUUGCACAAAGUAUUGUUAUUAAUAUUAAUAAUAGUCGGGCUGCUGGUGAUACUUGUAGUUAUGUUUCUUCUUCUGAUCGGACCACUGUAACUAUAUUAUUUUACGAGGUUUAUGUGGAUGUUCGAGUGGAAGAAAAUACAAUUUUUGAAAAGGCUGGAGGAAUUUUGUAUAGUACCGGCAUCGCUGGCUGA